AAUAAAAGAGAUAAAGGGGACUAUAUAGACUGGGCACGACCUGGUCAACUGACAUUUGUAUCCAACACCAGCAACGCAAAAUGGCAAGCAGGAAAGCAGCUAGAGGGAAAGGUUCAUCCAAACAGAACCAACGAAGCUCAUCCAACGUCUUCUCCAUGUUUGAACAAUCCCAAAUUCAGGAGUUCAAGGAGGCCUUCGGCUGCAUUGAUCAGAACCGUGAUGGGAUCAUUAGUAAACAGGACCUGAAGCAGACCUUUAUGCAGCUGGGUAAGCUGAAUACGAAGGAUGAAGAAUUGGAGGAGAUGUUGAAAGAGGGAAAGGGGCCCAUGAACUUCACAGUGUUCCUUAGUCUUUUUGGAGAAAAACUGAACGGCGCUGACCCAGAAGAAUCCAUUUUGAACGCCUUCAAAUUGUUUGAUCCCCAGGGAACAGGGCAUGUCAACAAGGAUGAGUUUAAGAGACUACUGAUGACACAGGCUGAUAAAUUCAGUGCAGAUGAGGUACAGCAGAUGUUUGCUGUGACUCCCAUUGAUGUUGCAGGAAACAUUGAUUAUAAGUCACUCUGUUACAUCAUCACACACGGAGAUGAGAAGGAAGAGGCAUAGUUUGAAAGCAGUUUAUGUAGGGAUUUGCUGUCAUCAACGAAAACAUCAGAGAUAAUGAUUGUUUGAUUCUGCAUGAAAUUAAACAUGGUCCUCCAUAUGGACAACUUAUCCUUAGAUGUCAAGUUAAUGAGAUCUGCUUAUGUCGAAUUGUCAAGCUCACUGUUUUCUAGACUACAGCCGCCAUUAAUCAUUUUUUUCAUGCCAUUUUGUCCCCUUUCCCUCUUCUCCUGAAGAUGUCGACUCCUCACUGCAAUAUGCUUCAUCGACUCAAUAUUUCUUGGUUUUUGUCCAUGAUUCAUGAGUCAGUGUGGGUGCUGACUGGAUAUUCUGUUACUGAGGAGUAAACCUGUCCACACACAUGCACACAUCAUGGGAAGACACUGGAUAGUAAUGAGGAGCAGGAACGUGUCAGAUCUUACCCUUCCGAACCCAACACAGUGAAUGCUACUUAGCACAGGCUGCGAUUGAAGUCUUCCUCUUCUAUGUGACUCAAUGACUGGCUGAAUAAACACUCUACCAUUGGGCAAGCAGAUCUACUCGCUUAGUUAUGAUCAGUCAAUCUUACUUCAGUAACAACUUAUACUCAUUUUUCAGUUUCGGGUCCCUCAGGCUGUUUCUCCACUUAUAUUUAUGGAAAGGUGUGGUGUUACUGUAAUUCCACAGAGAGAAGAAAUAAAAUCAAUUCAUCUCA